AUGAAUUUGAGUCCCACACAUUUAACAUUGAUUAUAUUUUUUCAUACAACUGAUUUUUGCCAGUCCUCACAGUAUGCACAAGAUAUACUUCAAGCAAAACUUGCUUUUAACUGUUCUAACAUUCAUAUGCCUCAACUUGAUGCAUUAACAAGUAUGUUUAUUAAAUGGCUGGCGGUGUUAGCGUGCGUCGCUAUUAUAUUUACAUUCGGUAUACAUCAGAUUCCUGAAGGACAUGUUGGAGUUUAUUACAGAGGUGGUGCACUACUAAAAUCCAUAAGUGAUCCAGGCUAUCAUGUGAUGCUCCCAGUUUUAACAUCUGUUAGAAUUGUGCAAACAACGUUACAGACCGAUGAAGUCAAAAAUAUUCCGUGUGGUACCAGUGGAGGUGUAAUGAUUUAUUUUGAAAAAAUUGAAGUUGUCAAUAUUUUAAAUAGAGACGCAGUGUAUGAUAUUGUUAAAAAUUACACUGUCUCAUAUGAUCGAACGCUAAUAUUUAAUAAGAUUCAUCAUGAAGUAAAUCAAUUUUGCUCAAUACAUACUCUUCAAGAAGUAUAUAUUGAUUUAUUUUCAUCAAUCGACGAUCAUUUAAAACGUACAUUGCAAACAGAUUUAAAUUUUCUUUCCCCAGGAUUAUAUGUAUCGUCAAUUCGAGUCACAAAACCAAAAAUUCCAGAAGCUAUUCGAAGAAAUUAUGAAAGCAUGGAACAAGAGAAAACGCAAUAUCUGAUCACAGCUGAACAUCAGAAAGUUGUGGAAAAAGAAGCAGAAACUGACCGAAGACGAGCAAUUAUUGAAGCGGAAAAAGUUGCUCAAGUGGCAAAAAUCCAGUUUGAGCAAAAAAUCAUGGGCAAAGAAAGUGAUAAAAAAAUUUCCGAAAUCGAAGCGGAAAUGCAUUUAGCUAGAGAGAGAUCGUUAGCCGACGCUGCAAAAUAUAAAGCCGAAUGUGAAGCAGAAUCAAAUAAAGCCAAAUUAACACCUGAGUAUCUUCAGUACUCAAAAUUUCAAUCAAUUGCACAAAAUUCGAAAAUCUAUUUUGGUACUAGCAUUCCACAAAUGUUUAUCGCUGGUAGUCAAAUCUCACCGAUACCCUCUAAAGACAAUUAA